CUUAUGCUCAAGACUACAAGAGAGCUUAAAAAUACUGAACUAGAAAUCAAAAAGAUAAAAAAUCGAAUAGAUAAAUUCGAGAACGAUGAUAUAAAAAGCCGCAAUAGGGUGGAUCAAAAGAUGAAAACCCAGGUUUUUCGUUCCACAAUCCGGUCAGAUGCAUGGGAUCACCUUGAUGUAUAUUUCACCCAAAAAUCCUCAAUGCUACUAAGCGCAAAACAACGAGCUUCCACAUUACGAGAACUCCGGGACCACAACAAACAAGUACUGAAGGCAAGAAAAUAAGAAUCUCCUCAAAGUAACUCACCCCUUUAAAUAUAUUCAAAUCUAGGCUACUACUGAACAAAACAUGAAUGCCAAAUAAAGAACUUCUAAAAAGCAUCAGCGAUGUCAGGCAAGGAAUCUACUGGAAAAAUCGCCAAGUAAAAGACCUUGUAGAGCUUGAAGAGAGACAACAACUGGUGGCCAAGAAUCUGAGAAGAAAGAAAACAAUACACAGAACAAAACUAGAUUAUGCAGGAAGGAUUAGGGAUAAAUAGGGAAGUGGUUAACAGGAAUAAGAAGAUUAUUGAACAGCUUAGCAGGAAAGAGAAAGAAGCACUUUCGACAUUGAGAAGCACACUUCAUACAGAGAAUAAUUUUGAUGCUCAGCUGAAAUAUGAUGUGAAUGGGUGUCCGAAGCAGAAGGAGUUUAGUGAAAGGAACCAUAGAGAGUUCUUUCAGAGUAAUUAUAAAUAAGACUCUUAAGAAUUCAAGAAGUAGACCCAGAUCUGUGAGAAGCACUAGGAGUGCUAGAACUGCUAGGAGCGCUAGCUAUAACUCUAAAAGAAAUUCAAAGUUUACUCAGAAAAUGAUAAAUCUUAAUAACAGCUAUCAAAAGACUCCGAGACUCAAAGGAAUUUAUUAUGAUUACCAAGGAGUGCAAAAAAUUAAAAAGAAUACCCUUGUAAAAACAUCUCGUCCAAAUAAAAAGCUCCAAAAGAGAUUUCUGCAUGCAUAUUCUCAAAAGACAAGCGACAAAAUCAAUAAAAUCCUAAAAAAGUUACAAAAUAGUAAGAAGAAAUAUAAGUUGAUGCUACCAGUAAGCCCAAGGCCAUUCAACACGACGAAGCUUUCGAGCCCAAGAAGGACCCCUAGAAGAUUUAAUAUUUUUGAUAAAGUGUAA